GUCAUCACAUCAGUCUGGAAAACGCAGAAGUCGCAGAUGAAGUGUCUUUGUGGCUGGAGAAAGUCAGGCUUUAGCGCGGUAAACACGCAGUUCCGGUUUAAUCGGCGCUCUUUGUAAAACUGAGGAGAAAAACGGUGUUAAUUUAAGUUUUUUCUCUUUUGAGGAGUCACUUCAUGUCUGUUUGCCAGGAGAAAACGUGUCGAGGGAAAUAUCGCCCUUCAAGAGUCAAAGAGAAACUUUAAGGAGCAUUUAAAGCAGGUUUGUGUCGCUUUUAAGUGUUUUAUUUGGUGGUGAACGUUGAGUUUGGCGUGUUUUGUGGAACGCUCGCCGCCGCUGCGUCAUCAGUGUGGCCACGCCCCCUCAGCGCUCUAUAAUUAUAUGCUCAGUACUAAUAUCUCCAUAUAUAAACCGGUUCUAGACCAGCAGUCCAGGUGUUUGGCUCUCCAUGGCAACACGAGGCCACGCCUCCAGCUCAUUAAUGAGCAACCACACCAAGGAGAGAGUGACCAUGGCUAAGGUCACCCUGGAGAACUUCUACAGCAACCUGAUCACACAGCAUGAGGAGAGAGAGAUGAGGCAGCAAAAACUGGAGAAGGUGAUGGAUGAGGAAGGACUGCCUGAUGAAGAGAAACGUGUUCGGCGUUCUCAGCAUGCUCGUAAAGAGACUGAGUUCCUCCGUCUGAAGAGAACUAGACUGGGUUUGGAUGACUUUGAGUCUUUGAAGGUGAUUGGACGAGGAGCAUUCGGGGAGGUGCGUUUGGUUCAGAAGAAAGACACGGGUCAUGUUUACGCCAUGAAGAUUCUUCGCAAAGCAGAUAUGCUGCAGAAAGAGCAGGUUGCUCAUAUCCGUGCGGAGCGGGACAUCUUGGUUCAGGCAGACAGUCUCUGGGUGGUGAAAAUGUUCUACAGUUUUCAGGAUAAACUGAAUCUCUACUUGCUCAUGGAGUUUCUGCCUGGAGGAGACAUGAUGACACUGCUGAUGAAGAAAGACACACUGACGGAGGAAGAGACUCAGUUCUACGUGGCGGAGACAGUUCUGGCCAUCGACUUCAUCCAUCAGCUGGGCUUCAUCCACCGAGACAUCAAACCAGACAACCUGCUGCUGGACUCCAAGGGUCAUGUCAAGCUGUCUGAUUUUGGCUUGUGUACAGGCCUCAAAAAAGCGCAUCGGACAGAGUUUUAUCGCAACCUGAAUCACAGCCAAUCAAACGACCUCACGUUUCAGCAUAUGAACUCGAAGAGGAAGGCCGAGACAUGGAAGAGGAAUCGCAGGCAGCUGGCCUUCUCCACAGUGGGAACGCCUGACUACAUCGCUCCAGAGGUGUUCAUGCAGACCGGAUACAACAAGCUCUGUGAUUGGUGGAGCCUCGGCGUCAUCAUGUACGAGAUGCUGAUUGGCUAUCCUCCAUUCUGCUCAGAAACUCCUCAAGAAACCUAUAAGAAGGUGAUGAGCUGGAAGGAGACGCUGGUUUUUCCUCCAGAGGUGCCGAUCUCUGAGCGUGCUAAAGAGCUGAUCCUGCGCUUCUGCUGCGAGGCGGAUCAUCGAAUCGGUGCCAGCGGCGUGGACGACAUCAAGAGGAACGCAUUCUUCGAAGGAGUCGAUUACGACCACAUCAGAGAGAGACCUGCAGCCAUUACCAUCGAGAUCAAGAGUAUCGACGACACGUCCAACUUCGACGAGUUUCCAGACUCAGACAUCCUGCAGCCAACAAGUCCUGUUGUAGUGAGCAACCAUCACCCGGAGUCGGACUACAAGAACAAGGACUGGGUUUUCAUCAACUACACCUACAAGCGCUUCGAGGGCCUGACGGCGAGAGGAGCCAUACCAUCAUACAUGAAGAGCGGGAAACGCUGAGAAUCCAGAACCAAUCACUGCACUUCCUCAUCCACACUACCAAAGAAAACAUCUCUGCGUCCAGACCUCUGUCAGAAACACACUCCUGCGCUGCUGCAUACUGCCAACGCUUCUUUAUUAGUCCUUAAUGUAAGCUAAUCUGGGGCGGAAUUCACGAAAAUAUGCUCAAGAGUUUUCUUAAAGGGAUGUUUCACCUAUAAAUAUAAGUUCUGUCAACUUCUGUUGAACACAAGGUAAGAUUUCCUGAAGAAUGAUGGAAAAAAACAGGCUUUUUCCAACAUUCUUCUGAAUAUCUUCCUCUGUGUUCAACAGAAGAAACUCGUAAAAGUUUAGACUUACUUAAAUGUGAGAGAAUCUAGUUUAAAAUGUAUUUUUUUUGCGUGAACUGACCCUUAAAGAUUUAAUUUUGAGAUUUGUCUUAACUGUAAUUCAUGAAAAAAUCUGUUGAAGAUCUCAAUAUUUUUUUCUUGAGAUCAUUCUUAUAUUUAAAUCAAUAAAAUGAAAGAAUAGCUACGAUAGAUUCAUUAGCGCUGCAUUUAGGCAUGCACCAAAUUUUCAACUUCCAAACAUUAUCAGCUACAAAUGGCAUUUUUCUGCAAAAAGAGAGAAAACAGGAGCCGAAAAAAGGCUUAUGUCAAUGAGACCAUCGCUGCGUCCCAAUUCGCAUACUAAUACUACACCCUAAAAGUAUGUACCUUUUUGUUAAAGGCAAGUACACACUUUUGAGUGUGUAACAGAAGAGUAUGCAAGCUUUUGGGACAUACUGCUUCCUCGUUAACAGAUCGUUGUGUUGCUUAGUUACGAGACCUGUCAAUCAUCCACACAUCAUCCACAUGUCUGUCAUAUUUAAUUCCCUACCUUAUUGGAGAAGCAGCAGCAGCAGGUUAAUCUCCCAUUCACCAGUCUAUCAUGCAGAGAAAUCUCCUCAGGUGUUUGGGUAAUUCUGCAUUCAGACAGUAAUGUCCAAACAUAACACAGAAAUAUAACACAGAAAACGUGAUUAAAACAUGUUCCAGUGGGCUGAAUAUUAAUUAACAGUCAUACAAACAUCUUUACUGAAGCCUCUCUCUACUUGACGGUUGGUCUCGCGCGUCCAUCAUGUUUGUAGUUUGUUUACACUUUUCACCCGCGUUUGUAGUUCUAAAUCAAAUUCUUGUCCUACACGCAAUGUAUUGUGGGUAAUAUCAGCGGUUAGAGUACGGACGCUUCUACACUUCGAGUUUUUAGCAGAAAUAGUAAACCAUACGGGAACCUUAGGCGUACUCUUUUCAACAUACUACGAUCUGGGACAUACUAAUUCUACUUUCAAAUACUAUUUAGGACAGAUAGUAUGCGAAUUGGGACGCAGCGCAUGCAAUGGUAGUUUGUUGCCACGAUGACCAAAGUGCGUGUCUUGAGGUCAAAGUUUAAAAUACCCAAUUUUCCGCUGUGUGUGUAUAUUCCGCUCAUGUAAAUGUAUUCUAGUUGAACGCAAAUGCUCACCAGACAUGCAAAGUCUGUUCAAAUAACGCGCCGACAGGCUAUUUCUGUGUAGUAUACUAGUUCCUGCUGCUUACUAUAGAGCUAUGGUGUUGUCAUGGCAACGCUGGUGCGCUUAUUUUAUUGGCUUGUGUUUUUAAAAAUCAGUGACUUUUAAUUUAAUCAAAUAAUAAUUAUUACAAAGCAUUUUUCGGCCAAGUACAUACAGAAUUUUCAUCUCGGUGUAUUCCUAAUGUACGUUGUUUCACUUUAUUUGAGAGGAAAAACAAUAAUUGUAUUAGAAAUCUCAGGCUUUGGGGAUCUACAACUAGUUUCCAGUCAACUUAAGGAAGUUUUUAAGAGCUCUCAAGAAUUUGAAUUCUGAUUCACUGAUUCGUUCAGAAGAAUCAACUCUGACAGUCUGAAUCAGUUCUGUCUCUAAGUUUUGUCUAAUGAACAAGCUUAUUAUAGCUUUAUAAGAAGCUAGAAGAUAUUUCUGCGUAUGACGGUUUCGUGAAUUCGUCCUCUGAGUUGAGUGUUUAUGCUGGAGAGCUGGAGUAUGUUUAGCAGAUUAAAUGCCAAAAAAAUCCCUCAUGCGAAGGCUUCACUAUAAAUAAAGUGCCUUAUAUAAUGUUUAUUUCCACAUUUGUUCCUCAGCAGAGAUAAAUCUCUAUAUCGAGCAGUUUAGCUUUAGUUAUAAUGACAAAUUAUGGGCGCAGCCCCAUAUGCAGCUAGUAUUAUCAUCAUAUAGAUGCGUUUUAGCCUAGUUUGAAGCUUUGCUGAGGUUUUGAUGCUGUAUUUGUUUCUGCAGUAGAUUUGACUGCUGCUGAUUUGACUGCCAAAGGUACGAUCAGAGGCUCACAUGUUGAUGAAAACCUGCCUCUAGGAGCGAAUGCUGUCUGUAUGAAUGCUUUAUGUGCAGAUGUGAACACCAAAGCUGGAAAAUCCUCCAUUUCAAUGGUACUUUCUUGGAAACGAUGCUUCCUUUUUCUAAUGUUUCUAUGAACUAUUUUUGUAUUGAUAUUUAACCGUCUUUAAGUUAGUAUCUGCAAAGCUGUACUUUGUAAUGACACACAUUUGACAUGUUUGUUUAUAUAUUCAAUAUCUUCUUUUCUUGUCCAGAAUGCAAUAAAAUGUUACAUGCUUUUA